UUACCCUGCGAUCACUGAAGUCAGGUUCGGGAGGCCGUAUCAUUGUGCUGGCAGCGACACUCGGAGACUCCCGACAAAUUGUUUUAAAAAUUGUCAGAAAACGAACCAUGGAGGAGCUGGACCUGAGUCUGAGUGAUGCUCUGACGGACAGGGUCCCCCAGGAGAGUCCAGAGGGCCUGGUAGAGAGAGACUUUGUGGCCCAGCUGGAGUGUGAGGCCUUCGAUGACCAGGUGGGCGAGACGGUGGGCAAGACAGACUACAUCCCCCUGCUGGACAGUGAUGGGACCAGGGCAGAUGCCAACCCUGUGUUGGAGAAUGGCGAGCAGAACGCCCAAGGGGCACAAAAACCUGGUUCUAAAGUGACACCGGGGGGACAGAUAUCAGCUUCGCGCCCAGAACCACAGGGGGAAGUGCGUCCCAACUCGGCAGAGCACCAGGUCUUUGCAGCAACAGAGUUCCUCUCAGGCUCCAUGGCGGGCGUCCCUGAUCAGUGGAGCUCCCAGCCCAACAACCCGCCCCAGAUGAUGGAUAGUGGACUGAUAGGAGAUUCCUCAGGUUUCUCCCAGCCUGCCAUGGGGGUGAAUAUGGACAUGGGGAUGGCUCUACUAUCGGCAGAGAGGCCUCCCAGCAUCGCUGAGCACCAGAAGCCCAAGGACAUGUCUGCAGGUGCCCUGGGCGAUGGCUGGACAGACAAGGAUUGCAUUCCACCCGACCUGCCGUUCACCCCAAGCUUCUCCACAAUGAUCAGUCACCAUGCAAGCCACCUGGCGGCCAGCCCCGAGGACCUUCCUGACUGUGGCCGGCCCCACCGAGAGGCCUUGGCCAUGGGGGAGGAGAUGGAGAGCAACGAGGGAAAUGACUGCAAACAACAGCAACAGCAGAAGAAGAAGAAGAAGAGGAGGCCCCGAGACGAGGUGUACGACAGGGGCCAACCGGAGACUCAGGCUGAGAACACAAUCCCGUCAGAGGGCCGCCACAGGGUCUCCCCCCGCAAGGACAGGGACAGGAUGGUGGGGGGCUGGGAGCAGGAAGAGCCAGGGAGAAGUGGAGGCAGGGGAAAGAGGGGCAAGAGCAGAAAGAAGCUUCCAGAAGAGUGGGGGUUUACAGCCGAGCCCUUCGUGCCCUCCUCUGCCACUCACCUCCCUGAGGGGGUGUUAGACCAACUAGCACCCCCCAUCGCCCACCUCCAGCCCCUGGAGAACCCCUACUCUAGCAUGGGUAACAUGGGGCUGAUCCCUGCCAGUGAGGACCUCUUCCCUCCAUCUCUCACCCAGAAUCUGCUCCCUCUCAUGGCCCCCACCUCCCCUCCACCUGCCAUGAGCUGCGAUCUCCUGCCUACCACCCCCGUCUCCAUGCCCACCAGUCAGGGAGACUUCUCGCCCAGAGGCACCUUCCCCAUGGCCACGUGUCCUGGAGACACAUUCACCGCCAGCUACCAAUACCUGCUUAUGGAUACAGAGACUGCCAGCCUGGGUAAUGACAAAGAGGCUUUCUCCCCAACUUUUUCCCUAGAUUCCCCAGUUCAUGAGUCAGGGGUCAAAGUGAUGUUUGAUCAUGACACCUCAAUGCAGGAUGUCCAUAUUGAAGAUGCCAUGAGUUUUAGCCCCACCCACCAACCAGAUCGUGGCCUAUCACCAUUGGAGAAGCCUAGUGAGCUCACAGCGACCGCACCCCCUUUCUCCCCCUCCGACAGCUCCUGGCUCAUCAACGACUACCACUUCAACAACAACAACAACUGCUUUGAGUUCAGUGACAUCACUCCAGCGUGCUACCUGCCUGUGGGCCUGGCAUUCGACACACCCAGCCCAGUCCCGCUCCGCUCCCCCAAAACCAUGCCUGAAUUCUACCCCAGGGGGGGCAAAAAGGCCAAAUCCCCAUCACAGAAGAUACCAAAGAAGUCCCGCUCCUCCUCCUCCUCUUCCACCAAAAGCCCCACCUCACCAGGUUCCGGUCUGAACCCCACCGCCCAGUCCUUCUUCCCCUGCUUCGCCAACCCCACAGAGCCCCUCACCGUGGUGGUGGCCCCAAUGUCAGAAGUAAAAUCCAAUAAGAUGGACAAACCAGAGAAGGAGGAGAAGAUGGACAACUUUGAGAAGUUGGACCAAUUUAAAAUGCUCGAUAAGCUAGACAAAGUGGAGAAGAAGGAUACGACUGCGAAGACUGAAGCGUCAGUGAAGGUGGAGUACGCAGACCCACUGGACAAAGAAGAGAAGAUAAAUAAAAUGGACAAGGCAGAGAAAACAGAAAAGCUGGAGCCAACAGAUAAGGCAGAAAACACAGAUGAGGAAGAAAAAUCUGAGAAGAUGGAUAAAAUGGACAAGGACAAGAAGACUGACAAGGUAGAGAAGAUGGACAAGGUGCAAAAGACCGACAAAGAAGAAAAAACUGAGAAGAUGGAUAAGGACGAGAAGACUGACAAGGUAGAGAAGAUGGAUAAGGUGGAGACACCUGAGAAGACAGAACAGAAAGAACAGAGAAUUGAAAAAGUGGAGAAGACCCCAGAAAAACAGGAGACAUCAGUGAAGUCGAACACAUUUGACAAGAUGGAAACACAGUCUGACAAGGAGAAGACAGCCCAUGCUGGAAAGGUAACAGUAACAGCUGAGAAAGAAACAGACAGAGCAGAGAAGCCCAUAGACAAAGUGGAGGAGGAGGAGAAGACAGAUAAAACAGACAAGGUGGAGGAGGACAAGAAGAAGACAGAUAAAACAGACAGGGUGGAGGAGGAAGAGAAGAAGAAGACAGAUAAAACAGACAAGGUGGAGGAGGAGGAGGAGGAGGAGAAGAAGAAGACAGAUAAAACAGACAGGGUGGAGGAGGAGAAGAAGAAGACAGAUAAAACAGACAGGGUGGAGGAGGAGGAGGAGGAGAAGAAGAAGACAGAUAAAACAGACAAGUUGGAGGAGGACAAGAAGAAGACAGAGAAAACAGACAAGUUGGAGGAGGACAAGAAGAAGAAAGAUAAAACAGACAGGGUGGAGGAGGAGGAGAAGAAGAAGACAGAGAAAACAGACAAGUUGGAGGAGGACAAGAAGAAGAAAGAUAAAACAGACAGGGUGGAGGAGGAGAAGACAGAUAAAAUAGACAAGGUGGAAGAGAAGAAGAAGACAGAUAAAACAGACAAGUUGGAAGAGGAGAAGAAGACAGAGAAAACAGACAAGUUGGGAGAGAAGAAGAAGACAGAUAAAACAGACAGGGUGGAAGAGAAGAAGAAGACAGAGAAAACAGACAAGGUGGAGGAGGAGAAGAAGAAGACAGAUAAAACAGACAAGGUGGAGGAGGAGAAGAAGACAGAUAAAACAGACAAGGUGGAAGAGGAGAAGAAGACAGAUAAAACAGACAGGGUGGAGGAGGAGAAGAAGAAGACAGAGAAAACAGACAAGUUGGAGGAGGAGGAGGAGAAGAAGAAGACAGAUAAAACAGACAAGGUGGAGGAGGAGAAGAAGACAGAUAAAACAGACAAGGUGGAAGAGGAGAAGAAGACAGAGAAAACAGACAAGUUGGAAGAGAAGAAGAAGACAGAUAAAACAGACAAUCUGGAGGAGGACAAGAAGAAGACAGAGAAAACAGACAAGUUGGAAGAGGAGAAGAAGAAGACAGAUAAAACAGACAUGGUGGAAGAGAAGAAGACAGAGAAAACAGACAUGGUGGAAGAGAAGAAGAAGACAGAUAAAACAGACAUGGUGGAAGAGAAGAAGAAGACAGAUAAAACAGACAAGGCGAAGGAUGAGAAAUCCGAGAAAAAAGAGCUUAAAAGUCCUGAGAGGAAAAAGAACAAGAUAGCAGAGACAGCUGAUAAGGCCAAAAAACCUGCAAGUAAACCUUCAACCAAUGGGAGCGGUGCUGCACCAAGCCGGGACCUGCCAAGUCCAGACAAGAAGACCAAGCCUGUUGCUGGGGCAACCAAACCGAGCGCUGCUAAGCCGCGGCCGAGCUCGGCAGCAUCCGUCAGUGCUGCCGCCCCCAAACGCCCCACCCCUUCCUCCACCUCAGCCACACUCAGCAAAAAAACGCCCAUGCCCAAGGCCCCCACCCCCACCACUGCCCACAAGCGGCCCUUGUCCGCAGCCAGCCGCUCCGCAUCCGCAGCCACCACCUCCACCACUGCGCCCCGUGAGGUCAAGCCUAAGACCACAGAGAGACGUCCUCUAGUACCAAAGGCGACCACCACCUCCACGGCUCCAAAUGCUGCCCCCAAAAACGGCGCUGCUACCACGGCAACCAGCAAACCAGCCAUGGUGUCCCGCACCGCCACAAGCGCACCCGCAACCAGACGCCCCCUGGCAUCAAAGACUGACAGCAAGCCAGGAGAGGAAAUCAAGCCCAGCACUCUGAAGUCAACAACAGCUGACUCCACCCGGCCCCGGACCAGCACCACCCGCAGCUCCAUAGCUAACACCACCAAUGCCACCCCCCGUGUCCGCCCCACCACCACCAAACCAGCCACCGCCCCCUCCUCCACAGUACCAGAGAAGAAGCCCCCUGGGCCCCGCGUCCCCCGUCCCACCUCUAACACCACCUGGGACAAUGUCAGCGCCUCGGGGACCACCUCCCGCCCAAGCACAGCCCCCGCACCUGACAUCCGCAACGUACGCUCCAAGAUCGGCUCCACGGACAACAUGAAGUACCAGCCCGGAGGGGGGAAGGUCUCUGGCAGGAGCGACGCCCUGGGCCAAGGCUCCUCCUCCAAAGAGACCAGCCAGGCCAAAGUUCAGAUAGUCUCCAAAAAGCUGGACUUCAGCCACGUCACCUCACGCUUGGGUUCCAAGGACAAUAUCAAGCAUGUUCCUGGUGGAGGGAAGGUUCAGAUACUCAACAAAAAGGUGGACUUAAGCAAAGUGACAUCAAAGUGUGGCUCCAAGGCCAACAUCAAACACAAGCCUGGGGGCGGCGACGUGAAGAUCGAGUCCCAGAAAGUGAACUUCAAGGAUAAGGCUAAGUCCAAAGUGGGUUCAAUGGACAACCUGUGUCACGAGCCCGGCUGUGGCAACAUCGAGGCUGAGGGGGCCCAGGAGAUAGCAGAGGGGAAUGAGGUUCCCCCCAGUGAUACCCCAGUUCCAGCCACGGUGCCAGGACAGGCAAGCAGCCCCUCCCGGGAGAAUGGGGUGAAGGAGGACGCCCCCUGCCAGGGCCUCCGGGACCCCCAGGGCCUGGACUCAAGCAUCCCUGAGACAAAUUGAGUCUUUCAAACUCAACUUCUGCGAGAACGCCUGCUCUCGCACGGCUCACGGCGCCGACAUCAUAACCUGGCCAGCCCCAGACAACAGCCCCUCACUCCUGCAACCCAGUGUCUCUCUCAAUGACUUCCUGUCCUCCGCGGCUACCCCUGCUGCCCCCAACCCCCUCCCUCUUCCCCCCGUCGGGGCAUGGGGCAACGGCAGACUAGCAGGACUCGGAUCAUGACCCUCAACCCCACACCCCAGUUCCAAACACCUCUACCUUCCUAUGAUCUCAUUCAUGUAUCAUGUUAUUCCGCCUACCCUGCGCUACCUACCUACCGCUGUCCUGUUCCCAUUGGCUGAGCUGACAUUGUACAUACAGUAGAACAAGCUUCAGGCAGGAUGGGAUAUCAAUGGGAGGGGAACGGAGGCUUGCCAUGUUCUCUCUGAUUUGUCUGGUUGUGCUAACCUUGUAUUAAUGUGCUCGGAGGACUUUCCUAGGAUCAUGGUUUUCCGUUGGUCCCUCUGAUCAGGUGAUGGGCUGUGUAUAUGAACCGUUUCCUUCCUGGCUUUAUGACAACAGCGCUCAUUUUAGAUCAUGUUUCCUGGUCUCUACAAGAGCAGAUCAUGGCAGUCGCAGCAUACAGUAGCAGACGCCAGUCAUGUCCAGUAUUACAGUACGUACUAGUGCCGUUUUAGUGAGAGCGUAAUCUACCAGGCAACAGCGGCCUUGAACAAACCUGUUUGCUUCGUACAGACACCCCCAUAGACACUACCCAAUGGGAAACCCUCCUAGACUCACCUGUGUGCUACGUACGCAGAGUAGUAUGUGUGUAGCACCCCUUUACUUGUGAGCAUGUAGGGCUGCUGUGUGUUCCCAAUAACCAUUGAUUAUUCACUCAGUAUUCACUAACCAUCGACUCACUCACUGGUUCACCUCCCUCCUCUCUUCACUGUCCAUCAUCAGAGCAUUUGAAACUAGUAGACUGUUUGAACAGUAGGCUAUUUAACUCUCUUUAAUCUCUGUGUUUGAGUGAAUUCUGCUGUAACAAUGAGCUGUGGUGUUCUGUUCUGUUUACUUUCUAUCUCUCUCUCUGGACUUUGGUUUAUUUUCCUCAUCUGUUUUGGUAGAAGGUUUUUCUCAUCGUUUCCUUCUUUAUUUGUAUUCUUUCUCGUACAAGCAAUACGCUGGAUGGUCUGUUUACCGUUAGGACUCUUCUUGAAUACACACAAACGUUUUUUUCUUUCUUGAAACAAAGGCACACAGUCAUGAAGACGCAACUCUGUUUCGGGCUUUGAGACCGAGGAAGCAUGUCGGGAAUGUGAGGAGGGAGAUGAAGACGGAUAAAAUAGAGAGACAACAAACACUGAGGCGUAGUGAAAGACGUGUCCACUUCAGUGUGUUAAAACAACAAUGUGAUGGCAAGGGAACAUUCGAUGUUCAGAACAGUUUGCGUAUAUAAUAUGCCAACAUUUUUACAUUUUGCGCAUAUAAUAUGCACAAACUGUUCUGAACAUUGAAUGUUCCACUGUCAGAAUAGUAGUCUGGGAAAGUUCAAGAAAGUAGAGUUUGGAAGCUUUUAUUUUGAAUACAGUACAAGGGACUUGUGUGAAGAUGAGUCAUUUGAAGGGAAGGGUCUUGGAAAUUGGUGAAGCUGUGUGUCUUGUACGUUCCUCCUGUCCUGUUUACCUGAAACUGGGAUGGUACUCGGGCUGGAAGCUCAAGCUGAUGGACCCUUGUCCCUGGAGAGUAACAGACCCGUCAAGCCGCCUGGUGGCUCUGUAGUCUGAUUAGGAUUUACAAGAAUUCUAUUUUAUAACUAGUCCUUGUUGUUGUUCCAUUUCAGCUCUUUUCUGAGGGUUCUGGUCAGGUGUUUCUGGACAGUUAUAAGUGGACUAGCUGAAGGACUUCUUUUGUCAGGCUAUUGGCAGUGGAACAUUCGAUGUGGCUUAUUGUACAUGUAGCAAUGUAUCCAACGAUUGCCUCCAAUUGCUUUUUUUAGUGCAUGGCCAGGUAAUAUCAUGCCCAGAGCAGAAAGCCUAUGUGCAUUAUGACUUGCAGUGUUGUGGUUCAGUAUAUUUGUCCUUGGGGGCAAAUCAUAGUCAGUGGUUUAUCUUUCCUUAUUAUUGCGUUCUUUGCUUUAGACAGUGGGCAGGAAGAAAAUCAGAGGCUGUCCAUUUUGCCUGAAAAUUCUAUUGCAGUUUGGUAUAUAAUUCAGCUAUAACACCAGUUUGGUAUAUAAUUCAGCUAUAAGUUCAUCGUGUUUAUUUGUGUUGUACUCAAAAUGAGGACAGAACAUUGAGUAAUGUUCUGUUCUGCCCCCCCCCACCCCCCACGCCUCGCUAAUUCAAGUCAAAAUGUAGACCUCCUAAAAGUAGCACCAACACUCCAAAAUGUGCAAGAAUAAUACAACCAACAUUUUUAAUAUCCUCUUAAAUCAGAGGUAUGGAAACUAUUAAAAACACCUUAAAGGCUUGAAUAUAUCAAAGAGGAUUCACUGUGAUGGAAAUCUGUAUUUGAUUGAAGGUAGAGCUAUCCCUGGAUAUGUCUGCAAUGCAUAAGGGCCACUUAACGAACACAGUUAAGGAGCUUUGCACUCUCCUGUACAGCAUAGAACUGUAUUUCAUCUUGAUGGCCUCCCAUUUUGCUCCUAGGACCACCAUGAAAUAUUGUUUGAGGGUAACAAUCUUUUGAGAUGUGUGGAAUAAUCCCCAGAGCCAAAUGUUUUAAGAAAAUAGACUAUACAUUUUAUUGUUAUCAACAAUAUUUUAUUUCGAAAUUCUAUAGGUUUCUAGAUAGUGAUAUUUGAGCGGUUUGUCGUGCAUCAGAGGAGCGUCUGCUGAGGUGGAUCGUAGUUUGGCCUCUGGUGCCACGUUCCUCGUCUGAUGGGGACAUUUCCUCCUUGUGCCUGUCCACAACCACUUUCACUAUCUCUUUCACCCCUGGUCUUCAUGUUCUCUUUGAGAUCGCACGCGGUUGUUUAGAAAUAUAGAUUUAGACUGUUUAUACACUAUUUCGCCACAGCAACAAAAACAAUAUGAAAACAACAAUUGGGGGGGGGGGGGG